CGGUCCUUCAACUGACAACAUGGCGAGUGUUCGUGCUGCCUCCCGGCUCCUCUCCAAAAGGGUUCUUUCUAAAACAAAAGCUGUCCCUGCUGCUGCAGUUCAGGGAUCCAGGAACUUUCACUUCUCCAUCUAUGGCAAAAAGAAAAGUGCCAAAAUAUCAGAUAAUAUCUCUACUCAGUACCCAGUAGUGGAUCAUGAGUUUGAUGCAGUCGUGGUAGGAGCCGGAGGAGCAGGACUUAGGGCAGCUUUUGGCCUGUCUGAGGCUGGCUUCAACACUGCCUGUGUCACCAAGCUCUUCCCCACCAGGUCUCACACUGUCGCAGCACAGGGUGGGAUCAAUGCAGCUCUGGGGAACAUGGAGGAGGAUGACUGGAGGUGGCAUUUCUACGACACAGUGAAGGGAUCUGAUUGGCUCGGCGACCAGGACGCUAUUCACUACAUGACAGAGCAGGCUCCUGCAGCCGUAGUGGAGCUGGAGAACUUCGGCAUGCCGUUCAGCCGUACUGAAGAUGGGAAGAUAUACCAGAGGGCCUUUGGAGGUCAGAGUCUCAAGUAUGGAAAAGGAGGCCAGGCCCACCGCUGCUGCUGUGUAGCAGACAGGACAGGACACUCGCUACUUCAUACACUUUAUGGAAGGUCUCUUCGUUACGACACCAGUUACUUUGUGGAGUACUUUGCCCUGGACCUGCUGAUGGAAAACGGAGAGUGCAAAGGAGUGAUCGCCCUCUGCAUGGAGGACGGGUCUAUUCACCGCUUCAGAGCCCAGAAUACUGUCAUUGCUACUGGGGGUUAUGGAAGAACCUAUUUCAGCUGCACAUCUGCCCACACUAGCACAGGAGAUGGAAAUGCAAUGGUGACCAGAGCUGGCCUGCCCUGCCAGGAUUUGGAGUUUGUUCAGUUCCAUCCCACUGGAAUCUACGGAGCUGGUUGUCUGAUCACAGAGGGUUGCCGUGGCGAGGGAGGGAUCCUGAUCAACAGUGAGGGAGAGCGCUUCAUGGAGCGCUACGCACCCAAUGCCAAAGACCUGGCCUCCAGAGAUGUGGUGUCCCGAUCCAUGACCAUAGAGAUCAGAGAGGGCAGAGGUGUCGGUCCAGAAAAGGACCACGUGUACCUGCAGCUUCACCACCUUCCUCCGCAGCAGCUGGCCAUGAGGCUGCCUGGUAUCUCUGAGACAGCCAUGAUCUUUGCUGGAGUCGAUGUCACUAAAGAGCCUAUCCCUGUGCUGCCCACUGUCCACUACAAUAUGGGUGGAAUACCCACAAACUACAAGGGACAGGUCAUCACUCAUACCAACGGAGAAGACAAGGUGGUUCGUGGACUGUAUGCCUGCGGCGAGGCGGCAAGUGCCAGCGUCCACGGAGCUAACCGGCUGGGUGCUAACUCUCUGCUGGACCUGGUGGUGUUUGGUAGAGCCUGUGCCCUCACCAUCGCUGAGGAGCACAAACCUGGAGAGGAACUGUCCCCCCUGACACCCAGCGCAGGAGAGGAGUCAGUGGCCAACCUGGACAAGCUGAGGUUUGCCAACGGCAGCCUGAGAACCUCUGAGAUCAGACUCAACAUGCAGAAGACCAUGCAGGCCCAUGCUGCAGUGUUCCGUACCGGCCCCGUUCUGAAGGAGGGAUGCGAUAAGAUGGACGCUGUUUACCAGACCCUGGAUGACAUUAAGACCUUUGACAGAGGAAUUGUGUGGAACACAGACCUGGUGGAAAGUUUGGAGCUGCAAAAUCUGAUGCUGAACGGUCUCCAGACCAUCCACUCUGCUGAGCAGAGGAAGGAGAGCAGGGGAGCCCACGCCAGAGAGGACUUCAAGGACCGAAUCGAUGAGUACGACUACUCAAAGCCCCUACAGGGUCAGGAGAAGAAGCCCUUCGAUCAGCACUGGAGGAAACACACUAUGUCCUACGUCGACCCCAAGACUGGAAAGGUGACCCUGGAGUACCGCCCUGUUAUUGACAGCUCUCUGGACGAGCAGGACUGCGCCCACGUCCCUCCUGCCAUCCGCUCCUAUUAAGAAGAUCUCAUUAUCUCCCUCCCGCCUCAACUCCGGUCACAUUCAGUCGCUCAUCGAUCUGCUAUUUAUGAACAUACUUUCUCUGUUAUUGAGAAGUCAUUUGUUGACAAACUAUGCUUAUGUACAUGUGUAUCCAUUUAGAAAUACAAGUAUAACAAAUAAGUGUCUUUUCUUAAAAUUUCUCAACUUCCUGUUCCUCUGCGUGUCUUGAUUUAAUCUGCUUGCAGCAGAUAGAUUUCAACAUGGCUACUAUGACUUCUCAAACUGUGUGAGCUGGUCUUGUGUAUAUAUUAUGAGGCUCUGAGAAAAGUGGGUGACUUUUUAGCCUCUAGCUGCAGAAAAGUAGUUCACAUGUGUUACACCACUUAAGCCUGGCCUUUUGGUCUGAUCUUGCUUUGCAUUUUUUAAUUAUAACUGCUCUGCUUUCUGAAGCGAUUGCAAUUACAAACACUUGCCGUUGACAAGCCACAGGGAGGGUUUUAAGUAUGUAAAUAUUACAUAAAUGUACCACAAACAUGACGAGUUAUACUUAAUGUACUUGUUGCAGUAUGAAGUAGUAUUUUCUCACUCAUUAUGGCCUUCAGUGAUGUGAUAGUUCAGCAUGUGGUUCAAAUUUUAGAGAACAUUAUUUAUCUCACACUCCGUAAUUUCAGUUGAUAAAUUAAUAAAUCAUUAGAUUUUUACUCUCAAAGAUAACUAAAUGAAGCAGCUUGAUGUGUGUAUGUAUUUAGCCGAAAGAUCAUGGCUUCUCUACAUUUUUCGGUUGCCUUCACUUAAAACAUGAUCAAUUCCAGUAAGGGUCAGUGACGUACUUUGAGCUGUGAGUUCUUGGACUUAUUAAGUUGCUGACAAGAGUUCUUCCAGAAGUAAUUCAUUAUUCUAUUAUAGCACCAACAUCAGUGCAAGUUCAAGUACUUCAAGUUCAUCUGUGAUAUGAGCACUUUCCAUUGAGACGUAACUCUGUGUGAUGUAUUGAACAAAAUUUACCAUGCCAUGCUUCUUGUACUGAAUCGUUGAAAGGGUGACUUAAUUUAUUUUCUUGUUUUUAAAAAGGUUUGAGUUAAUUUCAUUCUGGUUAUGCUACUUGUACUUAUUUUCUUAUGUUCAAUAAAGUGUACACUAUGCACAGAAA